AUGGCGGAGAAAGGUGACUCGGGGAAAAAGGGCAACUUCAACAAGAAACAGAUCAAUGAAAUUUUAUCUAAGGAAGGAAAACUGGCAUUUGUUCGACUUUGCUAUUCAGAAAUCGCAUCGCUUUAUUGCGAAAAACACGAAAGAUCAUUUGUGGAGAAGUAUAUCUGUGACUUGGAAAAGUAUCUAGAUCUUCCUAAACAAGAUCUUAAGGGAUUAUUCCUAUGCAACCUAGAGGGGGAUGUACUCAAGGGUGAACCAUCAAAUAACAAUGCUAUGCUUCUGGUAAACCAGCUAAAAAAGGAAUGUGGUCAUCAAAACCUUAUUUGUAUUCCUGAAAGUCUGAUUUUAUUUGCUUUGGAAACAGAAAAAUAUGAUGCUCGCCAUCGAGUUCUAAUCUACCAUGUAGCAGAGAAACUGGUUAUCUCACCAGAUAUCGUAACAGAUGUGGAAGAUCAACUGGUUAUUUACCUAAAAGAAUGUCAAAACAAAGAAAAAAGUGUGGAAGAAAAGCAGCGCAAAGAAGAAGUAUCAUCAAGAAGGUUUAAACAUGGUUUAUUGAUUGGUCUUGGUGCUAUUGGAGGUGGUGUAUUACUAGGUGUUACUGGUGGUCUUGCAGCACCGUUUUUGGCUGCUGGUGCUGGCACCUUAUUUGGGGGCAGUAUUGGAGUUGCUUUGGCAUCUGUUAAAGGGGUUGCUAUCAUCACUUCCAUAUUUGGUGCUGCAGGUGCAGGAUUGACAGGUCAGAAGCUGAACCGCAGACUUGGGGACAUUGAACAGUUUGAGUUUGAAAAGAUGACAAAAGGUGAACAUUUGAGUGUGGUAAUUGCUGUGUCAGGAUGGUUGGAAGAUCAGGAUGAAAAUGCAAUCAAAUACUGCGGGUUUCAAGAACCUUGGAAAAAAAUGAUGUUAGGAAGGGAGCAGUACUGCUUGAAAUGGGAGUCUAAGUAUCUGUCAGAGUUGGGGAAUGCCAUUUCGUCUUUUCUUGCUUCCAGUGCAAUUGGUUUUGCAGCUGAGGAAGCUGUCAAGCAUACACUCUUGUCAGGGCUGGUCAGUGCUGUAGCCUGGCCCUUAGCCAUUCUUAAAGUUGCCUACAUCAUUGAUAACCCUUGGGGCGUGUGUGCUUCAAGAUCAGCUGAAGUAGGAAAACACAUGGCUCACGUAUUAAUGGAAAAACAUCAUGGUAAUCGUCCAGUCUCGCUGGUUGGUUUUAGUUUUGGUGCACGUGUCAUAUUCCACUGUCUUAAAGCCCUCUCAAACUUUAAAGAUGGCGUUGCCACAGGGAUCGUCCAGGAUGUUAUCAUGAUUGGUGCCCCUGUAACGGGAGAUCCCUCUGAGUGGAGAGGACUGGAAAAGGUUGUCGCUGGGAGAAUCGUCAAUUGCUACUUUCGUAAAGACUGGUUGCUUAGGUUUGUUUACCGCACUGCCUCAGCACAAGGGAGAGUAGCUGGUCUUAAACCUGUAUUAUGGAAAAAUAGGCGGAUGUUUAACUUCAAUGUAGGUCACAUAGUAAACAAUCACACAGACUACUGUAAUCAAGAUAAAAUCAGGCUAAUUCUUGACGGCAUAUCGUCCGGUCCAGUGUGCACUUUGGACGACGACAAUAGCAGCAGCAGUCAUGAGGACUCUGGUAUUGCAUCUAUAUCAAAUCAUGUCGAACUCCCUGUAUCGCAAACAGAAACAAAAGGUCCAGUUUCUCCACCAGUGACAGACUUAGUGAAGUGAAGUGUUAGUGACAUGCAAUAGUCAAUCCAACAGGACAGACUUAAAGAAGUGAAGUGUUAGUGACAUGCAAUAGUCACCAAGUCAAUCCACCAGGUCAGCGCGUGGCAAGUGUGUUAGCUAAAAAAAGUGAUGAUAAAGACAACAGUUUGUCUCCGGCAGCUUAUGAAGAGAACAAUAAAACCGUGAAGUCUCUAGUCGACCUCACAAGAAAAGCAAACACACUAAAAAGCACAGUUCU